AUGCUGACAGACCGUAAGCCAAAUCCACUUGUGGUCAUUGGAGCGGAGGACGAGAACGAAACUGGGAGCUAUCAGGAGCUGUCUAUGAUUCAAAGCAACCAGUCGACGAAGACGCCUCUACCGUACCGUGAGUACGUCCACGACCUGGUGCAGGGAGGCUGGGACAUCUUGAAGCCUCUGGACGAAUACAUGAGCGUGGAUAUCGAGGAUCAAGAGCUAGUCGUACCGAUACUGGAAAUCACAGACACUUCCCGCCUUGAGCGUCGGCCGGAUAUACACGAUGGGCUUGCGCUCAAGAAAUUCUGGGAUGAGGGGAAGCCUGCCAACGUGAAGGUUCGAACGUAUAUGGCUGAGCCAGGGGGCGACUUGGCGGCAGGCGUAAUGGCGGCGCUGGGGAGCUCGUUGGAUCUGGAUCCGAGACUCUUCCAGUCCGGCUUACGUGGGCAUAAGCGUGUUCUUGCGCCGUCGGAUCAUCAUAGGGCACCGUUCACGAGCAUAAAGUUUGGAGUGCCGAAGCUCUCGACGCCUUUGAUGACGGAUGCUGAGAAGUUUAAGGUUACGUUUUUAUGUCAAGCCUGA